AUGUCGGGAGCCAUAGCACCUCUCGCGCCUACCUUCAGGGGCCAUAUAGCCACCACAUUGGAUGGAAUCAUCCUGUUUGAGGCUUGUUUGCAAGGGCGCAUUCCUCACGUUCCUCGUCGCCCCCACGACCGCGAACGCCAGGACCUCAUUGCCAGCGGAAACGUCUUCAUCUACGAAGAGCAUGCCUCUGGCAUCAAGCGGUGGACCGACGGCGUCUCCUGGAGCCCCAGCCGCAUCCUCGGCAACUUCCUCAUCUACCGCGAGCUGGAAAAGCCGUUCCCCCCCGGAGAGAAGAAACGGGCUCUCAAGAAGAAGAAGCACAGCAAUGGCGGCAUCAACAGGCCCGAACGCAGCAACAGCCAAAGCCAGCACCACAGCGCGGCCUUUGCGGCCGUCAGCAACUCCAUGGGCUCGGCUCAAGGGUCCGACCCGGAGCGAUCGCUGGUUGGCUCGCUGAUCGACUCGUACCCCUUCAAGGAGAAUGGCUUGAUCAAGAAGACGAUCAGCAUCCACUACCAGGGCGUGCCGCAUCACCUGGUCAGCUACUACAGCCUGGAUGAUGCCCUUAAUGGAGGCAUGAACACGCCGUCUACCGACGUUCGCUUUGCCGACAUCCGCCCACGCCCGGAGCUGCUCAUGAACCAGAACUUCCGCAACCCGCUGGACGAGACCGCCAUCUUUGCCCACGAGGACCGUGGUCUCAUCCCCAUUCCAAUGGCCAACUUCUACCCCCUGCAGCCUCCCGUUCAGGAUCUCAGCCCUCACGGCGUCGUCAUGAGCCAGUCCAUGGCCGUUGCGAGCAUGCCUAGCCAGCAGCCCAUACAUGCUGCUGCGUAUCCUGGCGGACUCGACUACGACUUCUUCGCGGCGCAGCAACAAGCGGCGCAUCCUCAUCAGGCGCUGUCGCAUCUCUCUGACCCGCAUCACCGUCACCAUGAUGCUCAUCAGCAGGCACAGCUACAGCACCACCACUACCAGUACGAGUCGCAGCAACCGCACCAUCACCAUCUGCCCCAUCACCACCACCCGCAGCACCAACUGCAGUCGCAGGCUCAUCACCACGAGGACUACCAGCGCGAGGACUAUCAGCGCGAAGACUACCAGCGCCACUUUUCCGUCGCAGAGAUACAGCAGCCAUUGCACAGCCAGCAGCAUCCGUCACCGCCGGAGCAAGCCGGACAGGAGCCUCAGCAACCGCAACAGCAACCACAACAACAACAACAACCACAGCAGCAGCAGCCGCCCUCUGCUGGAUAUGCGCCUCAGGGUGGUGCGUGGACUUAUGAUCCCAAUGAUUACUACUUUGGCUAA